AUGACGCAUCGAACGCACGCCAACAGCCCCCCUCAUUCCGCUUCCCUUGUCUCCAUUGCCCAUCCCUCCCCCUCUCAGGCGCGGGUGGCCAUCCAGUCACUCAUCGACCGCGCCCCACAGACGGCUGAGCUGGCCGCCACAGGCGAGCAGGUGGGGAGGGAGGGGGGGGGGAGGGGGGGGGGGGGGCUGGAAUGGGAGACGCAUCUCUGGGUGGGUGAGGGCGGUGGGCGGAUCCCCUGGGGGGCUGAGACGGAUAGGGUGGUGUGCAGGGGAGUGAUGGGGAACGGAUAUGUGGCGGUGGAGGACGUGGCGGUGGCCACGCUGCUCGCAGUGCGCCCAGGCGCUCUCGUGCCGGUGGAUGGAGUGGUGCAGAGCGGUGCGAGCAGCGUGGAUGAGAGCAGUCUGACAGGCGAGUCGCUGCCAGUGUUCAAGGACGUGGGCGCUCCUGUGUGGGCCGGCACCAUCAACACCACAGGCCCAGCCACGGCGCUGGCGUGCGACUCGGCAGUGGCGCGCAUGGUGGCGCUCAUCGAGGCAGCGCAGGCCAACCGCUCGCCCUCACAGCGCCUCGUGGAGUCAUUCGCCCGCGUCUACACGCCCACCAUCGUGCUCUCUGCGCUGCUGCUCGCCCUCGUGCCGCUCGCCGUGCCCUCCGCCGACCACCUCUACUUCUUCCGCCUCGCACUGCUGCUGCUCGUCGUCGCCUGCCCGUGCGCCCUCGUGCUCUCCACGCCCGUCACCGCUGUGUGCGGCAUCGCACGCGCCGCAAAGGACGGGGUGCUGGUGAAGCGCGGCGUGCACCUGGAGAUGCUGGGGCGCGUGCGGGCGGUGGGCGUGGACAAGACGGGCACGCUCACACAUGGCCGCUUCCAAGUGGUGGGCUUUGAACUCGUGGACGGCGCUGCCUGCACCAAGCACGAGUGCCUCCAGUGGCUGGCAGGCGCAGAGAGGCAAUCCAGCCAUCCCAUGGCGGCCGCCCUGCUGGCCUACUGCCGCCACCACGGCGUUGAGUCCAACGGGCCACUGCUGGCUGCUUCUGCAUGCGCCCUUGGGGCAGCAGGCUGUGCACACGGCCAUUCCACAUGCUCCCGUGCCGGGUUCUGUAAGGCGUCUCGCUGCCAUGACAGGGAACACGGCACCGCCGCAGACACCAAGGCAAUCUGUAACGAGGAUGGGGCUGAAGGGGGGGUUGGAUGGGCAGCAGGAGGGACAGAGGGUGUCAGGGAGGGAGGUGGGGCAAUUGAGUUUGAGACGGUAGCGGGGGAGGGUGUGGAGGCGGUGGUGGGGGGCAGGCGCGUGCACGUGGGCAACGAGAGGAUGGCCCUGCGCCAUGGGUGGACACAUGCCAUCGCCCCCGCGCUGCUCUCCCACUGGCUCAGCCUCGGAGCCACGGUGGUGUGGCUCGGCGUGGACGGCCACCCCAAGGCAGUGAUUGCCGCAGCUGACUCGCUUCGGGCCGAAGCUGCGGAGGCGGUUGGGCAGCUGGUGAGGGGACUGGGGCUGCACGUGGCCAUGCUGACGGGCGACAAUGCGGGUGCUGCCCGUGCAGUGCAGCUGCAGCUGCACCCAGCAGUGGAGGUGCUGUGCGAGCUGCUACCGGAAGGCAAGGUGGCGGCCAUAGCGGCACUCAAGGCGGCCCAUGGCGUCACCUGCAUGGUGGGAGACGGCAUCAACGACGCACCCGCCCUCGCAGCCGAUGAUGUCAGCAUCGCCAUGGGCACCAUUGCGUCUGCGUCAGCCAUGGAGGCCGCUGACGUGGCCUUGAUGUCAGACGACCUGCGCCAGCUGGCGCGGACGUUUUUGCUGGGCCGGGCAGUGCGGUGGAUAGUGGUGGAGAACGUUGUGGCGUCGGUGGUGGUGAAGGGUGUGGUGCUGGGGCUGGCCGUGGCUGGCAGGGCGCACCUGUGGCUCGCUGUGCUGGCCGAUGUGGGCACGAGCCUGGCGGUGGUGGGGAACUCUCUCAGGCUGCUGAGCAGGGUCGUCGCUAGGAUUUGA